AUGGAAGCUAACCAACCCCACCUCGUGCUCCUUGCCAAAUUCAAAUGGGAUCUUCCAGGCUCCAAACUUAUCAAUUCCUCUUCUGCUGCUCUACGGUACACAUCCAAGCCAACACCACUUGUGGUUCCAUGCAAUGGAGAGGUGGAUGACCUUCAGGAGGUCUCCACUUCUAGUACUCCAGUUCCACAAAACGCCGCUGCUACAUCUCUAGGCGACUCCUGGACACCGACGUCUUCUGUAGUCAGUCUCAAUCCGCCGCUAAGAACUAAUGCUCCAGCACCACCGACCUACGUGCAGAGGACACCUUCACCGAUUAGCCUCGAUUUUGUUCUUGGUGAGUGGAUCCACAAAGUUUUUAAUGCGGAAUGA